AGCAUGUAAAGGGUGGAGGUGAGAGUGAGAGCACAGAGAGUGGGGAGGAGAAGGGGUUGAAGGGAGGGACACUGAACAAGCAGGCAGCGUGCACUCAGGUUUUCCCUGUUUCUCUCUCUCUCUGUUUCUCUCUCUCUCUCUCUCGCUCUCUCUCUCUUCCCCUGCUUUUUCAGCUCCACAGAUGGCAGGAAGUGCUUUCCUCUAUCGGACAGGCAUCAAGUUCUUUUUUCCCCUUUGAUAUCUCCAUCUGUGUAGCUUUGUGUCUUGGCCCUAAUCUUCUCCUAGUCAUCCUUCCUUCAUUCAGCAUGGUGAACAGAUAAUUACCUGACUGAGGGUCACCAUGGGCGCCUGCCUUUGCAAAGGUCAUCAAGAGAUUCAAAAUAUCCAGCAGCAUCCCAUGGGAGAGCUUCAGUCUUGGACAGAAGGACAACCCAUUGUCAAGGGGAAUCAUCAGCCAUACAAUGGCUCAGUGACGGAUAAGAAGAAUGGCAAUGGCUAUAACAUCGGGGAGCUGGCUACAUCUUCCUUGAUGGGUCUAGUUGCUACUAUAAAGGAGCACAUAACCAAGCCAACAGCGAUGGCACAGGGACGGGUGGCCCACCUGAUCGAGUGGAAAGGUUGGGGUGGGGAGACAGCGACUGGAGUGGGCUGGUGUGGCUGGAGCAGGGAUGGAGGAGGCUGGGGAGGAGCAGGGUCCACACUGCAGGAGGACGAGCAGUUCUACUCCCAUUUGACCGACGAGAUCAAGGAGGCACGCUUUGCUGCAGGGGUAGCUGAGCAGUUUGCCCUGGCUGAAGCAACAAUGAAUGCAUGGCCUUCACCUGAAGUCACAGAUCGAGCCACAACUGGCACAGUCCAAUUACAAGGCCACGAGGGCAUGUAUCUCUCUCAGUUCGUCAUGGAUGGAGGAAGCUUGGGCGUUCCGCACCAUCUGUACAGCAUACACAUGGAGGCCAAUGCUGAAACCAGCUCUCUGAAUACUACACAGCCACCUCAACCCUUCUUCUGUAGCUCUGUAUCUCAGCCAGAAGCACAGUACUUCCUUCAGGAGCAGAGGACUUCACCGGCUGACGGUCCUGUACGACACGCAGACAGCAGCUCUGAGGAUGAGGUCUUUUUUGACUGAAAAUCUGAAUGCCAACAGACAUAGGAUAUGUGACUCUGAAAGCUGGAACAAAGUGGACAUUUGUUUUACCUCAUAUGACCGAGUCACGGUUUAUAUAUGGUGGUAUGAGUUUAUAUAUGGUGGUAUGUGUUUGUCUGUGUGGCAGCACCAGUAUUGAUCUACCUCUAAAGAGGUAAUUGCCUUACCCAGUAGAUGUACACAGAUCAUAUAAGUCUCCUUGCCAUAUCUUGAAGUGAUAUUUUUGAUGCAAGCAUCAGUUCAUAAAGCUAUAACAUGGUGUCCUUUACCAAGACAAAAUGUUAUUAACAGUAUGUACAGACAGAUGUUUUAAAGGAACUGAAUCACCUCAAUGCCAGAAAAAAACACACAUCCUCAAAACCAACUAAUGUGUUUCAAAAUUGCAGUGAUUGAGAUGGAAAUGCCCGUGAUAUGCUUUCGGUUCGAAGGCAGCACCUGUAAAUACCUGCUUAUAAACCCCUUUCAGAUGCUUCUCCAUCUCAUCUAAAAGCAGAAAUCUGCCAGGGCUUUGCAGCUGGAUAUAAUGUGGACAUAAAAAGACAUGUUCUCUUUAAGCCAGGCUUCAUUCAGACUCAGAGAAACCCAGUAAAGAAUGGCUCACAGAGAGUAUGGCACAAAAAGGCUUUUUGUGAGUGUGGUGGCUGAAGGAUGAAUACGGUUUAUGGCUUGUUGCAGAGAUGAAACCCAGGACUUUAAAGCUUUUUGAGAACUCUAAGACCUGUGUCUAUUAUUCCUUCAAGAAAGCUUACCUGUGGAAAGCCUUGUUCACAUAUAGUCAUUUCUAUAUUGUGAUGUAUACAAAGAUUUCUGUAUGUAAGAGAAAAGAGAGAUAAACUUUUCUCAGACAUCUUAAAAAAGAGAUGUAUUUUCUGUUCUGUCAAAGCAAAGAAAGAGAGAGAGAACUGGAAUAACAAUGACCUGCUUCCCCUUGUUGCCUAGUCGUUAUUCACUCAACCGAUAAAAGAGGUAGGGGAAGUAAGCAAGGGAAGGGAGGGGUGUAGAAUGAGGGUGAGAGAAAAGUGAGAGAUAUACACAGAGAGAGCGAAAGAGAGAGGAAACAGGUGGGAGUGAGAAAGGGAGGUGUGUGCAUGUAAGAAAACAGAUAGCAAGAGAGAGUGAGAGAGAGUGAUAACUGGAAAGAUAAGUAGAGAGAGAGGUGAUAGAAUAACAGCGUUUUAGUCUUAUCUGGUUCCACCGUCUUUUAAUAGAAGUUUAUGUAGCGUAAACCAAUGCGUUGUGUUGUGGCAGCUUCUUUUGUGCUACAGGCAGGCUUCUGAAUAGGAUUUAAUCGAGCUGCAGACUUCAAGGUAUUGAGCUUAAUUGAAAUUGUGAUAGCAAAAGGACUCUCAUUUCAUCCACCAACACAUUUUAGAGACCAGAGCCCAGAGACAUAAUGAAUCAGUAAUAAAGGCACUAGACAUUUGAACUAUAAGAAAUUAUAGGCAAGAAAGAAGGUGUAAGGUCAGACAGGAAAGAUAGCAGUGUUACAUUGUUAUAUGUCACAUUCAGGUUGCACAAUUUUAACCGUGUUUAUGAAGGAAAAAAGUUCCACAAUAUUAUUGUGGUAUCCACCACCUUUGAUAGCUACAAGCUCACAAGUUGUGACACAAUGCUAACAGUUAUUAAUAUGGCAGAAAGCACAUGAAAGUUCACAGUGCAUUCCAUGCUAAGUGUUGCUAAUAGUAGCUGUAUGUUGCUAAUAAUAGCUGUAUGAUGCCUCUUUUAGUAACUUACCAACAAAUCUGAGGGAAAUGGUGCUAUUUAAAUAGUUUCUGGUUUGGUCUGUCCAUUUAAAAAAUCAAACAGCUAUGUGUUAGCUAGCUAUAUAUAGCUUUAUAGCUUAUAGUUAUAUAGCUUUACUUAGCUCAUGCUCAGCAUGCAUAUUUCC